CCUUCGAUCAUGUAUUCCUUUGCUUUCAUUUUCGUUUUUGUUCAAGCUUGCUUGAUUCAGAAUGCCUUCAGUCAAUGUUUGGGUGCUGGACCUGUUGGACCUGGUUAUGGCUACGGUCCAGUUGGAGCUGGCUUAGCCGGUCCUUAUGGCUUGGGAGCUGGUCUAGCUGCUUCACCGUUUGGCUUAGCCCCCACCGCUCUUGAAUUGGGUGCUCCUGGACCAUACGGCUUCGGUCCAGCUGCUAUCGAAAUAGCGCCCGGAUAUGGUGGCACUGGUAUUGGUGACGUUGCUGUUGCUGGUGAAAUGCCAGUCGCUGGUACUACACUAGUUGCUGGACAAGUGCCGAUUCUUGGUGCUGUACAUUUCGCCGGUGAACUACCAGCUGCCGGUGUGGUAACGAUCACUGGUAGUUGUGGCUGUGGAUGCGGUGGUCCUUAUUAUUAUUAAAAAAACAUUAUUGCUAUGGUUGAUUAGUUCUAUUUUUUGUUUUAAAUCAAUAAAUUAUAUUAAUUAUUUUAUAGAUAUAU